GUGAUUUCUGCUUGGGCUUCAAUCAAUGUCGCAGGUCUGGUGGGCAAAAAAGAAUGGCCGAUGGAUUGGCUGGAGGAUCAAGGCAGUGCCAUUGCCGACUAUCCUCACAAGUCAGAAGCCGGACGCUAUCCCUUCUGUUUGUUGUCAAGAUUCCGGCCAACGCCAAUGCUGUGAGAAGGUGGAGCAUGUGGAUCUUGCUGAAGUUCAGACCCCUUCAGCAGUGCAAGGUUCCGUCUCAGUUCCGUCCCUGACAAGUGAGCCUGAGGACAUGGAAACGUGGUGGGAGACGGACAUGGCGGCCUUCCAUAUAGAGGACUACUGGUGAACUUUCGCCGCGGGAGGUGUGCCCUUGCAGUCUGGUGUUGAAGACCGACACCAAGUCAUACUGCAAGUCCAUCUUCCUGGCAACCUGGUUCCAUCUGAAGAUGCAUGCCAGAGUGCCAUCCAGGGUCAAAGAACUCUGGAGGACGGGGCAAGUCGCUGCGCUGCGGAUCAUGAAAGUUCGCACAAAUGCAUUUCACCUCUCACUUGUAUGGUAUCCAAG